AAGUGCAAGGGACGUUCGUGAUUUAAUUUUCGCUUAUCAAUAAAAUAGUUCCGCGUCGGAGUUUUAAUAAUUGUUUCGGAGUCUGGUUGCACUCGCGACGCGAUACAAUCUGAUUGCAGUUGAUUCUAUUAUAUAACGUUACUAUCGCAGGAAUAUUCAGUAAUGACGUGGUUUCACUAAUGCUGCUGUUCAUUGGACCCAAUCUAAGUUCGUUCCGCAAGUGAAUUGAGUAUUCCAAUAAUCAUUAAAGUCAGUGGAAUAAUAAGCUAAAACUGCAAAGUGGUUGCUGUUUCUUUGACAUUGUGGUUAUUGGUGGUGACGGCACGACCCGAAAAAGUAACAUUUUUGAGCCAUUUUUGUGUGUAAGCUGUGCUCUUUCGACAAUUUUGUUCGUUGAUUAUAAUUUCGUCGUAAAAAUUACAUUAAAAAAUUCCAUAUGCAUGCGAUAAAAUAGUGCUUCGUCGCUUGUUUCUCCCAGCCACUACCGCGCUUCACAGUUUUAGCCAGAGUUCGAUUUGCAACUUAUGACAGCCGAACAUAAACGACGGGUGAACGCAUAUACAGUGGCUUGUGUAAAAUUACACAAUCAUUACCGUUCUGUUGUGCAGUACUAUUGAGAUCUUGAAUCGUAGGGGCUGCUGGUUUUGUUUGUGGCUACACAUACAAGUAGUGAUAAACGCCCCAAAGUAAACACAAUAAGCCGGAGUGUAGAGGACCAUCUCGUCAGCUUUGUCAACGCGAUCGCAGAGCAUCCGCAGUAGCAGCAAAAAUGAAUUUUCUGCGCUUCGGUCAGUCGGCAGACAUCGACAUUGUUUUCGACGGCGCAGAGAACAGACAGUAUGCCGACAUCAAAACUGAGGAUGGCAAAAAGGAAAAGUAUCUGUUAUACUACGAUGGGGAAACCGUCAGUGGUAAGGUGAACAUAACGCUGAAAAAACCAGGUGGCAAAUUGGAACAUCAGGGUAUCAAGGUGGAAUUGAUUGGUCAAAUUGAGCUGUACUAUGACCGCGGAAAUCAUCACGACUUCCUCAGCCUGGUCCGCGAACUUGCUCGGCCGGGAGAUCUCAUUCAGAACACGUCGUACCCAUUCGAAUUUGCCAAUGUAGAGAAACCCUACGAGGUGUAUGUGGGUACGAACGUUCGUUUAAGGUAUUUUCUUCGAGUAACGAUUGUUCGUCGAAUCAGCGAUAUCAUCCGAGAGGUUGAUAUUGCAGUACAUACACUGUCGAGCUACCCCGAUACCAACAGCCCGAUCAAAAUGGAAGUAGGCAUCGAAGAUUGUCUCCAUAUAGAGUUUGAAUAUAACAAAAGCAAAUAUCAUCUACGAGAUGUUAUAGUUGGUAAAAUCUAUUUUUUGCUAGUGCGCAUCAAAAUCAAGCAUAUGGAGAUCGCUAUCAUUAAAAGGGAACAGACCGGAUCAGGCCCAAACAUUUUCACCGAAAAUGAAAUCAUAGCGAAGUACGAAAUCAUGGAUGGUUCGCCGGUUAAGGGUGAAAGCAUACCGAUCCGUGUGUUUCUGGCCGGCUACGAUCUUACACUCACGAUGCGCGAAAUCAACAAGAAAUUUUCGGUGCGUUAUUUCCUCAACUUAGUACUGAUCGACACCGAAGAUCGACGAUAUUUCAAACAACAAGAAAUCACCCUCUGGCGCAAGGCAGACAAGACACGCAAAUCGCUUACGCCGUCACAAACGGCUGCAAUUGCUGCUGCUCAAGGUCAGCCAGGAGCCCAGAUCGGCGCGGGAGGUCAGCUUCAGCCACAAGCAAACGCUACGAAUCCGCACGUACCACAUCAUCUGGUCGGACAAGGGCCAGUGGUACAUAAAGAGCCGCUGGACGAAGAUUUUACCGCUAGUGGUGAGAAAAAUCCUGCUGAUAACAACCCUAUCAUGGGAUUGUUUACCGAGGAUAGUUCGCAAUCUGAUACGCGACCAAAACCAGCCGCUCGCCAGCGCAUCGACGAUGCAUCGGCCAACAGUGAUGACAGCAGAUCUGCGUUAAAACCGAAUGAGUUGCCCGUCGCCAUAGACACCACGGAGGAAGAAACACUGCCCCAAACACAGCAACAUUUGCAUCGGGAAGCUGGGGAUGGGGCUGCAUCCAUCUCGCACACAACAGACGAGGAGACAUCAUCGUUGUUCGAUGCAAACGAUUUGAGUCUCAAUGCCAACAACAAUACAACUAGCACCAGCAAUCCUCCGGUAGCAGCAGCUCCAGUAGAAGAAAUCAUCUCGAAUCCAGUGGAAGUUAUACCCACGCCAGAACAGAGUCCAGUUGCUGCAGCAAGACCAGAAGCGGCACCACGUGAAUCUAAACAACAACAGAAACAACUCGAAGAGCCUCUCUUGGAAUGAACCUACUACUAAAUAGCAUGCACAGGGGCUUCAUUGUUUAGUAUCAUUGCGUUUAAAAGAGAUUUUUUCAUAGUGUUUCCACAACAUUCGUUGCAAUUUAUUUCCGUUCUUAUUUCAAGCAUUCUCUUUUCUUUCUGCUUUGCAAAAAAUGGAUACAGGGUUUUUUACACCCACUCAGUGAAGUUAAUUUCCAGCCGAAAAUUUCGAUUAAAACAAUGAACUUUUAAAAGCUGAAGAGAUAAAUCGAUAACAAUCGAAAAAAUCUGUUCUUUAUAUAAAACAGAUUAUACAUAAACCGAUAAACCUUCAAAAUGAAACUAGAAAACGUACUGUUUCCAACCGAUAGAAGCAAAGAUAUACAAGUGGUGUUCAAAUUUUGAUUGUUUCAUCCGUAGGUAAAAUUGUUUAAUACGAAACUAACCUUACAUACAUUUACAAGCAAAACAGUGGGAAUUAUUUCAUAGUAUUAUAUAGAAAAAUAAAACAAUCAAAACGUGAACAUCGCUGGAACUGAAGCACCAACAGAGUUUAGGCAAAAAAUAGUAAGCAAUCUUCGAUAGAAGCUCCGUUUCUCAACAAAAAAUGAUUAUAAUGAUAUCUAAUGCUGCGGUCUCAUCCAGAGAUGGAGUAUAAUCCUAGUUAAGUAGACUAUGAUACAUGAUUUGGAAACAAACAUGUAUGAUAAAAAUUGCGUGCCCAUGCAACUAUUCCUAACCAGUUGGCAGUUAUUUAAAAAAAAUUCUGCCUUACAUUAGUGGGACAGAAAUGCCUUCUCGUAACCAGUUUCGCGAAUUGGUUCGUACUGAAGAACACAAAAUUGUUAUUUAUGUUUUUUUUUGUUUUGUAAAACUAUUUUGUUUGAAAGUAAAGUAAUAAAACUACACAUUAUAAUUUAAUUAAAAAAACGGAAUAGUGAGGAACGUCAAAAUUUUAAAUGAAACAUUAUACACAAAAACAAGAUGUAUCAGAGCGGAUUUGCUUUAUUUCCCAGAUAAUUAUGAAUGAUACAAUGAUACAGCAUAAUUAGAUGGCGUAAAAUCAACUUCGCCGCUGAAAGGAAAACAGUUCUGAAGAUCAGUGAAUGGUAGAUUAUAUUAUAUUGAAAAUAAACAAGUUAUGUAUAUCAA